AUGAUCCGCCGCCGUCUAUGGUCGGCCAUCUGGACGCUCUCGGCUCGCGUGCACCCCUGCUGCGUCGCCCUUUCCGCUCUCGGCAAGCGGCACACUGCGCACUGCGCACUGGCCGGGGCUCCAAGCUCGCAGAAUUCGGCUGGUGUCGCUGCAAGUCCCUCUGCCCUCCGACACCCAACCACACGCACGCCAACCCGGAGAGCUGGCUGCAAAGUCAUCUCUUGGGCCCCUCACUGCAAAACGCCCCCCGCCAUCCCUCUCACCUUUUCCUUCUCUUCGUUGAUACCCACUUUUUGCCGCCCAGCAGCAAGCACUGCCUGCUGCGAUUUUCCUACUCUUCUCCACCCUUCUUCUACGCGAAAAUUCUGCAUCUCCUUCACCACUGUCCGCACCUACGCGUCGGCCAAGAAGAAAAAGAUGCCUCCCAAGAAAGCCGUCAAGGAGGAGAAGGUCCUUCUCGGCCGCCCGGGCAACAGCCUCAAGAGCGGUAUCGUGAGUGAGCGCCCUGCUGUCGGCCUAGCAAACGUUGGUAAAUCGACCUUGUUCCAAGCCAUCACCAAGUGCUCGCUUGGUAACCCCGCCAACUUCCCAUAUGCCACCAUCGACCCAGAAGAAGCUCGCGUCAUUGUUCCCGAUGAGCGCUUCGACUGGCUGGUAGAGCACUACAAGCCCAAGUCGCAGGUCCCCGCCAAUUUGACUGUCUACGAUAUUGCCGGUCUUACGCGCGGUGCCUCGACUGGUGCUGGUCUCGGAAACGCCUUCUUGUCACAUAUUCGCGCCGUCGAUGCCAUCUUCCAGGUAGUGCGGUGCUUCGACGAUGCCGAGAUCAUUCACGUUGAGGGUGACGUCGACCCGCUCCGUGACUUGGACAUCAUCGCCGAGGAGUUGCGCCUCAAGGACAUUGAGUUUGUUGAGAAGUCCCUCGAGAAGCUCGUCAAGGAGACCAGGAGAGGUGGUCAGAGCUUGGAGAUGAAGAAGCUCAAGGAGGAGCAGGCGACCGUCGAGAAGAUCCUCGCCAUGCUCAAGGACGGCAAAGACGUCCGAAAAGGUGACUGGACACCAAAAGAGGUCGAGGUUAUCAACCCUCUCUUCCUUCUCUCGGCCAAGCCCGUCGUCUUCCUCGUCAACCUCAGCGAGAAGGACUACGUCCGCCAGAAGAACAAGCACUUGCCCAAGAUCGCGCAAUGGGUCAAGGAGCACGCUACUGGCGACCCUGUCAUCCCCAUCUCCGUCGCGUAUGAGGAGCGCCUCGCUGCCAUGACCGAUGAGGAGUCUGCUGAAGAGCAAAAGACCGUUGGUGCCAAGUCCAUUUUGCCCAAGGUUGUCAUCACUAUGCGCAAGGCUCUCAACCUUGGCAGCUUCUUCACAACCGGUACCGAUGAGGUCAGGCAAUGGACGUUACGAAACGGCACCAAGGCACCGCAAGCUGCCGGUGUUAUCCAUGGUGACUUUGAAAAGACCUUCAUCCAGGUCGUAGUGUACAACUACAGUGUCCUGAGGGAAGAGGGCGAUGAAGCCAGCGUCAAGGCGAAGGGCAAGAUCAUGACCAAGGGUAAGGAUUACGUCGUCGAGGAUGGUGAUAUCAUCCUCGUCAAGGCUGGUGCGGCCAAGUCGUAGACCACGCACAGCUUCGGCGUUUUCUUGCUUGGCCACAUACAGUACAGACCGCACUGUAAAAAUGGCUUUGUGGUCAUGGCAACACCGAUCCAUGAAGGUUACGUCUCACACGUAUGACUGAAUGAAGAAAUGCCAUAUAAAACAAUGUCGGUAACGACUUGAAAGCAAUGAAAUCGAUCAUAUC